AUGAGGUAAUUCUUUCAAAUUUCUAUUGUAAACAACACUUUGUCCAGUUUCUAUAGAUGGAAUUUGCUAAGAUAGAACAAAUUAUUAAACUUGUUAAAGCAAAAAAUUUAUAUAAUUUUGUGUUAACAGCAUUGGAUAAGAGGGAUAUUGUAUGUAUUAAAAUAAUCUUAUUAAGUAUUAACAAAUUGUACUCAAUUAGAAACUAUUAGUGAGUGUUUUUAUUUGAAAUAGUACUUCUAAAUCAAUUAUAAAAUAUGUGUAUGGAAUGCAAGUUCUGGUAAUCGCUCCUAACUUUUUUGUUCUUCACAUUCAACUUAAGAUUCAUGUACAUAUAUUUUUUAGAAUAUCAGCAAAUCCAACAUUUAAAUUUUUGUUUGA